UUCGCAGAGUCUUUGGUUAAUCGUUUCUCUGUCAACAUUCAAUUUUCAAUGAAAGACUAGUAACGAUCAAAACCUAACCUACUUUUAUGUUGUCUUGCGAUUUAAAAUUUAAAAGUCUCAAUUCAUCCAUUCGAGAGGAAGAAUAAGGUGUUGAACAUUGACCUCGACAAUGAAGAGAGCAUUGAGAGAAAAUCGCGAACUACGGAACAUGAUCGAAAAGGAAUUAGACAGACGUAAAAAACAAAUUAAAACAGAUUCCAACAUCGAAGAAGAUGAUCAGGAUCAGGAAGGCGAAUCUGAAAAAAAGCCUUUCAAGUGCGACCACUCCACCUAUUCCGCUUAUUAUGAAUGCCACGUCAAAGGCCACAUCGAUUCUGUCCAUAUGAAGCUGAAGCCGCACAAAUGCGACCUUUGCGACCAGGCCUACUAUCGCGGAAGCGACCUCAGAAGACACUUGGCCAAAAUGCAUUCCCGAUUCGCUUGCGACGUGUGCGAUCUGAUCCUAGAUUUCCAGGAGGAGGUGAAAUCGCACAAGGACGCCGAGCAUUCCGGUCCUAAACCCUUCAAAUGUCGUUUCUGCGAAUACUCUGGACGUCGCAAGGCGGAUUUGAACAAGCACGUGGCGCGCACUCAUUCCGACCCGAAACAGUACGUGUGCGGUAAAUGCGACUUUCAAUCGGAGUGGAAAUUGGCCCUCACCAAACACAUAACAUCCGCACAUCCCGGUUCUGCGCAAUACGACUGCGACGAAUGCGACUUCACAUCGACUCGUAAGAAGGAUUUUGAGAGCCACUUACGUUCAGUUCAUUCUGGUUCUUUGAGGUACAGUUGCGAAAAGUGUGAUUAUUCUUCGGCGAGGAAGAAGGAUGUCAGGAGGCACGUGGAUUCGGUUCACCCAAAAUUCAAAUGCGAGAUAUGCAAAUAUGUUUCGAAUAAAGAGGAAGAUUUCCGAACGCACCAAGAUACUGUUCACAGAGAACGUAAACCUUACAAUUGUCGCUUGUGUGAAUUCGCUACCGACUGUGAGGAUGAUUUGGAAAUACAUAAAGAUUCCGCACAUUCCAAGCGGUACAAAUGCGCCAGCUGUGAUUUCUGUACGAAAUGGAAGAAAGAGCUCAGGAAACACUUGGAUGUCUUUCACACAGAAAAAUAUGAAUGCGAUUCAUGUGAAUUCGUUACGAAUCAAGAAACCGACCUCCAAGCGCACCGAGAUUCCAUUCAUUGCGAUCCUGACACUCUCGACUGCAAUCUAUGCGAGUAUAUUGCGAAUUGCACGAGUGACUUGAAAAAACAUAAAUCUUCAGUUCAUCCUGACGCCCACAAAUAUAAAUGCGACAAAUGCGACUACUCUGCAAAAAGGCAAAGAUUUCUACUGAAACACAUGGAUUCUGCCCAUCCUGAAUCCGAACGCGAUGUUGAUUCAGAUUCAGAAAACGAUGCUGUUACUGACGAUUCCGAUACUGAGCAUAAAUGCGACCAAUGUGAUUACGUUACGAAAUGGAGAAAAGAUCUCAGGAGGCACGUUCAUCUAAAUCAUAAGCCGAAUAGGUGCCGGCUGUGCGACUUUUCAACGAAAGAAAGUUAUAACCUCCAAAGGCACAUCGAUUCAGUCCAUCGCAACGCUUGGACUUUCAAAUGCGAGUCUUGCGACUACGCCGCCAGCCAAAAGAAGGACCUUGAGGCGCACGUGCAAUCAGUGCACGAGAAUUCGAAACUUUUCAAGUGUACCUUAUGCGACUACUCUUGCAAUCGUAAAAGAUAUCUUGACCAACACACCAAUUCCGUCCAUUUGAAGCUGUAUCAGUACAAGUGUCCAGAUUGCGUGUAUUCUACUAAUAGGAGGCACCAUCUAGACAGGCAUAUCCAGUCGGUUCAUUCAAACGCGAAGGAAUUUCAGUGUCCCUUAUGCGAGCACGCGACAAAUCAAAAGGGCAAUCUUAAAAUCCACAUGGAUGCUGUUCACUCGAAAGCAAACCUGUUCAAGUGUCAUAUAUGCGAUUUUUGCACAGCAUAUAACACAGAACUCUUGGGGCAUAUAGAUUCAGUUCAUUUCAACGAGAAAAAACAUGAGUGUGCAUUUUGUGAUUAUAGAACGAAUAGGAUUGGAGAUCUCAGAAAACAUGUAAAUUCCGUUCAUUCAACCUCGCAAAAUACUAUAAAGUGUCAGUCGUGUGAUUAUACGACAAAUUGUUCACGGAAUCUUAAGAGGCAUACAGAUACCGUACAUCAGGAAUACAAACCGUAUAAAUGUGAAAUUUGCAAUUAUGCCACAGCUCACAAAAAUAAUCUCAAAAAUCAUGUGAAUUCUGCUCAUAAGUGUCACUUAUGCGACUUUACCGCAGAUCAUGACGAUGAUUUAGGAAGGCAUUUCGGCACUGUUCAUCCUGAUUUAGAGCUGUUUAAGUGUGAUUUGUGUAAAUAUGUCGCAACUAGGAAAAACCAUCUUAAACGACAUUUACUUUCUUUCCACCCACAAAUAUGA